UUUUUCCAAACUUUCAACUUUCUAUCACAUCAAACCUUUCAUACACAGACAACUUUAAAGUCACAUCAUCUCUAAUUUUAACCAAAUUUUAAACUUUGGGCUGAACUAAAUACAGCCGUAGUCUGCUCCCGCCUCCUUGACUCCUUCGAUCCGCCCAUUGCCAUAGAACACACCUUUUGGUGUCGUGCCAUCCAUCGCUCAUGGCGCUCAGAAAGCUUUCCUCCCUCCUCCUCGUCGCCCAGCUCCUCCUCGUCGUCGUCGGCGGCGCGAGCGCCAUUGUAGCCCGCGGUACUCAGCUCUACACGACCGGCUACUUCCCUCAGAUCGACUGCUCCCCGGCACCGAUGGCGACGUCCACUGGCAGCAACGGCACCGCGUUCCGCGCCAACCUCCUCACGCUGCUCGCCAGCCUCCCCGACCAGGCCGCGCCGACGGGUUUCGCCUCCAUGCAGGCCGGCGCCGGCGGACGGGCGCCUGGCGGCGACGACGACGACCGCGCGUUCGCUCGCGGCUCCUGCCUCGGCGACUCCACGCCGUCGCAGUGCCGCGACUGCCUCGCUGCCGCCGUCAUCGACGUCGCCGAAGGCUGCGGCGCGGACACCCGCCGCGCCGGCGCGUGGCUCAGCGGGUGCUACCUCGCCUACGCCGACACCGACGCGACCUCGCCCCGCGAGAGCGCGUUCCACCGGUGGUUCUUCGACGGCGACAUCCUGCCGUUCAGCGACAACCUGGACCCGACGUUCCUCGACCUGGCCAACGGCGCCGUGUCGGCGCUCGCCGCCGCCGCCGCGAACCGGUCGGGGUCGGGGCGGACGAUGCUGGCGGCGACGCAGGAGUUCGACGACGGCGCCAACACGGGGCUGGCGGGGAGCGUGCUGGCGCAGUGCGCGGCGGGCCGCGCGCCGGCGGACUGCGUGCAGUGCCUGCAGGACUCGGCGCGAGCGAUGCCGAGAUGCUGCUGGAACGCAUGGGGGCUGGGAGAGAGCGUCGCUGUCGCGCUGAGCUACGACUGCGUGCUCCAAGUUCACCAUGCACCUGGCCUCUCCGGCGGCAAGCCUUGGUGGAGGAGCUCUCCGUCCGUUUGCCCUCGCCGUUGGAGCAGCAGCGCUAGCAAUAAUCAUGUAGUAGUAGUAGUCGUCAUGUUCGAAUCGAGUGAAGACAAUUUGCAGUAAUAUAACCACCUGUAGAUAAGCUUUCAUGGAGUCAUGGUGCUCGAUCGAGUAGUAGAAAUAAAUGGUCAUAUGUAGUACUAGGGAUUAUGUGUUAGGAUAACAGUAGCUUAUCAUGUGUGUUUUGUUUGCAAAA